AUGUACGAUCAAAUUGAACCUCUAUUACCUGAAGAAACUGCUGCACUCUUGAGUAUGAGCGACUCGUUUAUUCAAGAAGCAGUACAUAUGUCAAGACAUUAUAUACGUUGUGCACGUAUUGCAAUUGAUUCGACCCGAUGGAAACGAAUUGCGCAUGUUCGAGAUCUUACUAUGUACAAGGAACGUCGUAAUCGACGAAUACCUGAUACCAUGCGCAAACUCGGCUCACGAUUAGCAAAUGAUAAUGCGAUAGCUGAACAAUCUACAUUAUUACCAGCCAAAUUAAUGGUUGGCACGUUUCCAGGUAAUUUAGAAUCCGUGAUGUUUGGAUUACAAAGUUUCACACAAGAUGCCACUCGUCUACGAGCGUCAUAUAUUGGUGACAAUCUUGUGGAUGAGAAGCUCGUGACAGUACCGUUGGAACUAUCAAGUCAUGAAGACCCAUUGCGUUCGUGUACUUUGAGAUGGAGAGGAUUACGCACUACAGCAGCUAGCGUCGCGUCCGGACAGAUCUUCAGCUCACGUUUUAUUGAGACCGUGUACAUCGAAUCCACAGGUAUAGCACAGCUUGACGAUGGUGAGCGUGUCGGCUAUGAACUGCUUCAAUCAGUUGAUGUGCCAGGUUGUAAAGGCUUUGGCAGAAACAAAAGGAGGCAAGCUAUUAUCUCGUACUGCUAUGUUUAUCGUCAGCCGUCUCCGGAUGUAGUGGAGGUCUUCAUGCUUGGCUCUACGUCUCGCGACGGCGAGUUGCUAGGCGGUGCCUUUGCCAAAAUGCACAAUCUCCAUCGUCUUGUAUGCUGUGCUGAGCGAAAGAAGCUCGCGUGGUUAUUGAAUUCCAGCCAGCCCACACUAGCCAGCACAAAAGGUGCUCGCUGCUGUGCCGAGUGUUUUCGUUCCUUUGGUCGCUGGCCAUAUCGAGCUGAACGACAAUGUAGCGCCUGCGACGAACGAGUGUGCGCAAGCUGCACAGCCUAUCGUGAAAUGCGGUUCGCUCUGCCAUUUCGUCACAAAGUCACUCGGUCCAAGCUUGCUUUCUGCAAUCGAUGUUUGCAACGCGCCGACGAGAUAAGUCCCAUGAUGGUAGCAGGUUUUGAAGCCAUGGAAGACGGUAAAAUGUUGCGUUGCGACACCUUCAACAGCUCGCUACCUUUGGAUCAGUCCAAGUGGAGCAGUCAUUGCUUUGACAUCGACGACGACCUUGCCAUGACCAUUUUGGGCGAUUUAUGA